AUGAGACUGGCCGUGUACGCCGGGGCCUCCGUGGUCUUGGCCACCGGUGUGUUCUUGAAAGCUCUACAUCAGAGAGCAAACUUCUACGCGGCCUGUGUGUAUCUCUCGCAGAGCAGUGCUAAUCUUAUGAUUCUCACCAAUCUGUGCCUUCUUGCUACCGGAUUCAUCCUUUUUUGGCUACAGCGACUUCUCUACGGACGCCUACGACCGAUCGAGACGGAACAACUAUAUGAGCGAGCAUGGUUCGCGGUGACGGAGACGUGUCUGGCCAUGACCAUCUUCCGGGGAGAACUCGGGGGAUGGUUUCUGGUCAUGUUCAUCUCCCUUUUGGUUGGAAAGGUCUGGGGUUGGAUUGGAGAAGGACGUGUAGAAUAUCUCGAACAACAGCCUCCCCCCAACCCGCGAUUGUUUCACAUUCGACUAGCACUCUCGCUCGUCUUGACGGUUCUUUUCAAUGCCCUCUUGCUGCAGUACUCUAUCAACACCGUGAUCCACCAAGCCCGGCCCGACAUGAUGGUCAUGUUCGGUUUUGAAUUUGCAAUUUUGGUCAUCUUAUCGAGCUCUACCCUCGCUCGGUAUGGCAUCGCAUUGGUGGAGAUCUAUAUCACUCGCCAGCAGAUCAAGAAGAGGAUGGAGGAACGUCGAGCAGAGAUCCGGGCCUCCCGUGUUGAGGCCAUCAGAGAGCGUGCCCGUGCUGGGGAGAGUUCCCCUCCUCCUUCCUCAGAUCUUCCGGAUGAGAAUGACGUGAAUGAGCUGGAGAUCGAUGUCCCGGGCUGGGAAGAAAAAGGCAGAUGGGUAUUCUACCUCGACUUGCUCACCGACUUUGUUAAACUUGUCGUCUACUUGGUCUUCUUUGCCAUCCUUCUAGCGUUCUUCGGCUUGCCAAUUCAUAUUCUACGCGAUGUCGUCGUCACAAUCCGCUCCUUCGCCCGGCGUAUUAUGGAUUUCCUGCGAUUCCGGAACGCAACUCGUGACAUGAAUGAACGAUACCCAGACGCUACUGCAGAGGAGGUCGCACGGGAAGAAGUUUGCAUUAUCUGUCGGGAGGAGAUGGUAUCAGCUCAGCCUGCUCCAGAUGCUGGCGGGGAAGCUGACCAACAAGCCCCAAGGAGGACGCAACGAGUGCCGGACCGACUACGUCCCAAGAAGCUGCCUUGUGGUCACAUCCUUCACUUCGCUUGUCUUCGCAGCUGGCUGGAGCGACAGCAGAACUGUCCAACCUGCAGGCGGCCUGUGCUGGGAAUUGCUGGUGCCGCUGUAGCGGCUGGCGUUAAUGCUAACGCUCCUGGAAACGGAGCUGGUAUCCAGCCAAACAACGUUGGCGCAAAUCAGAUGCCCGGUCAGCCUGGAGCUCAGGGGAAUGACAUACCCAGACCUCGCGUCUAUCAAUUUGGCCCGUUCCGAGUUGGAUUUGGGGCUGUUCGUGGUGAUCUCUUCCAGAAUCUUCAUCAGCAAAUCCACCAGCCCAAUGCACCCAUGCAACCCGCUCCUGAUGCCAAUCCACAAGGUGCGCGUCAAAUAGGCUUUGGUUUUGGUUUUGGCCGCCGACCCCCAGUGCAGGCACCGACACCAACUGCAACUUUCCAAAACCAGCCCGGGACCGCAUCUAACUUUGCCGACAUCAAUACUCAAUUACAACAAGUCGAGCAGCGGAUUGCGCAAGAGAUCAACUCUCUGCGAAUUGCGACCGAGCAAUUGCGACAUGUGCGUCACCUUCAGAUGGAACUUGAUCGACUCCGUCAACAGCAAGCAAACCCACCAGUCCAGACUCCGACAUCUUCAGUCCCUACCACAAUGCCACCCAGUACGUCGACGAUCACAUCACGCCGUCAGUUUGUCUCGAGCCCCGGUGCCACACCUUUGGCAUCUGGAGACUCUCGCCUUCCAGAAGGCCUCAGUAUUCCUCCUGGGUGGACGCUACUUCCUCUUCACUCAACUGAGCAAGGGCUGGGCGGUGUUCCUCAGGAACUCCGCUCACCCCCCACAGUACCUGGCUCCUCACUAUCCACGCAAAUACCAACCACCACGGUCAAUUCUGGGGAUUCUUCUGUCUCAAACCCGACGCCUCCUAGCAAUAGUCAAAGCGAAGAGGUGGAAGCACCUACACAUUCCACAGCUUCUGCCAUGGACAGCAGUACGCCGAAUUGGACCACGUCUGCUGACGCACCAGCGGGGGAUCAGCGUGCGGAGUCCCCCUCGCAGGAAUGGACGGAUGUACAGUCGGAACAAGUCCCUGAGUCGAGCCCGGGCCUUAUCCCAUCCACAUGGGGUAGCAAUGGGCAAGCGAGCAAACCAGUUUCCGAUUCCGACAACACAAAUGCCGAUUCUCAGUCCAAGGGCAAGGGCCGUGCAGCCACGGUGGAGGAGGCAGCUGAUGAAGAGACAACAUAG